UUUUUUGUAUUAUAAACAAAAGAUUCAAACGGUCUUUUAAUCCUUUUCAUCCUUUUGUAAUUUUUUAAUUGUUUGCCAUUUGUUGGAGUUUCUUGAACCGUUUUCAAGAUCAAAAUGGCCUCGGCUAGAAAGGCGAUUAAAAAGUGUUACUAUGAAGUGCUUGGUAUUGAACAAGAAGCAACUGAUGAGAUUAUCCGUAAGAAUUAUAAAUUAUUGGCUCUCAAAUAUCAUCCCGAUAAAAAUAUGGAUAAUCCAGCUGAGGCAACUGAAAUUUUCCGCUCUAUCCAAGAAGCAUAUGAAGUUCUAGUUAAUCCACAGGAGAGAGCUUGGUAUGAUAAACAUCGGAGUGCAAUAUUAGCUGGUAUGGAUAAGGAUAAAAUUUCUGAUUCUUGUUUUGAUGUUUAUCCUUAUUUCACAACUUCCUGUUAUUCGGGUUAUGGUGAUUCACCGAAAUCAUUUUAUUCGGUUUACAAAGGUGUAAUUGAAGAGAUAAUCAAAGAGGAUAGACCUUAUUUCACUGAUGAUGAUGAAUCUCCUCCCUUUUUCGGUGAUGCAUCGACACCUUAUGAAAAUGUUCACAGAUUCUACAGCUACUGGGAAAGCUAUUCAACUCCUCGAACAUUUGAUCAUCUAGACGAAUAUGAUACAUUAAGAGCACCAAAUCGAAGAGUAAUCAGAUUAAUGGAAAAGGAGAAUAAAAAACUUCGAGAUGCCGCUAAAAAGAAACGCAAUGAUGAAAUUAGGGCUUUGAUUGCCUUCAUAAAACGGCGAGAUAAACGUGUCGAUGAUCACAAGAAAUUGGUAGAGAUCAAAUUGGAAGAGAAGAGGAAAAAAUCAGCUGAACAUAGAAAAAAACAAUUACAAGAUAGAUGGAAAGAGGCUGAAGCCUACAAAGAAUCUGAUCUAUUUUCAGUGGCCGAUUUAGAAGAAGAAUUAAAAAAUAUUGAAGAAAAUUGUCAAGAAAAUGAUGACAAAAAAAGGAAAAAGAAUAAAAAUAAAUCCAAACGAAAAGAUCAACAAGUUGGUGAUGGUGUCAGAAUUUCCCCCGACAAUCAAGAAGCAGCGAAUGUCGAUCCUGGUGCAAUUAAUGAUUCUAAUGGUGGCGAAGAAAAAAUUGAUAAAGAUACAAAUGAAGAUAAUUCUGAUUAUGAAGACCUAGAAAAUAGUGAUUUAUAUUGUAUGGCUUGCGAGAAAUUAUUUAAAUCAGUUAAAUCAUUUGCAAAUCAUGAAAACUCCAAAAAGCACAAAAUGAACGUAAUUCAUUUGAAAACAUUGUUAGAGGCCGAAGAUGAAUUGGCUCGAGAAGAUGAAGAUGAUGCCGGUUGAUUAAUAUAAUUUAAGAAUAAAAUUUAUCAAUUAUUAUUAUUAACAAA